AUGGUUGUGAAACCUUCUUCAGAGUCGAUCAAACACGCCAUUGGUCUCUUGAAGCAGUCUGGGGUCGAUCCAGAUAUCAUCUCAAAGCAAGAUUUGCUUGAAUUUGCAGUGCGGUCUCCCGACGCCCAGCAAUAUGCCCUUAGCCAACUAUUGAAACGUCUAGAACUUGACGAGUCCGAGGAUGAAGAGGGCGAUGCCGAGGAGCAGGCAUCUACUGCUGCUCAGGACUUGCUCGAGAGAUGUAGAAACCUCUUACACGAGCUUGAGCAGUUCGCAUCCUACUUGAAAGAGCACAAGAAAGAUGGACUUGUAGAGUUUCGAACAUUCAGAAAUGAACUGAAGAGCGAGAUUCGCUUCCUCGAGAGACUCCAAAAAUCUGAUCUGGGAGCUGAGAAAAUCCAACACAACAUUUCCUCGUCGAACUUCCCUUAUUAUGAGACUCUCUGGUCCGCUGCGAAACGGUCGUCGGAAGUCCUCACUUUCAGAAAGUGGUUCUAUUGGGAACCUUCUUCACCAGAUUCGAACAUGUCCGAUUCUGCGGGACGUCAGAGUCAUAAAACACAGUCCACACCCAAUAAGUCACGGGAGAAGCAUAGUGCACUCGUCGAUGUUGUUACACAAAACGGCCGCGGAUGGAUAAAAGUCUCAACUGUCAACGACAACAGGAUUCUGAUGGAGCUCGCCAAGCAAGGCUGGCGGAACGACUCAGACUCGGAUGAUGACAUGGACGUCGAUGAUACCAAUACCAGCAACAAAGCUGAUAAACCUAAGGAUGACGACGAAGACCAGGUAUCUCUUUUGAAGAUCGCUACGGACCUCUCUCGUGCAGCCAAAUCAAAUCGCAUCCACACACACCUUCCUCAUAUCACUUUCGUCCUUCCCCGCGUGCACCGCGGUGCAUACGCUGCCGUUGAUGCCGUACUUUCACGCAUUGUUGCGACGGGCUGUACUGUGCAAACUGCAGAUGAGAUUCCUACCACACCACCGCUCGCCGCCACUCUGCAUUCGCUCAUGAUCGAUGAGAGUCGGUCAUUCUCGACCACGGUGAAUGUCGACUGUACCAUUUUACUCGCACUCGUGUCCGAUAUUUCACAUAUGGUGGUUGAGCCACAGCCAUGGUAUCCAAAAGCAGUCACGCAACAGAUCGCAGUCGAGAGGCGUGCGCAGCUACUGCCCAACACACUGUAUCCAGUCCUAGCGGGCCGCGAUUUGACAUGCACUACUGAAGCAGCGCAGCGCAUGAGGCAGAUUGUAAGCACGAUCGGCACGGAUAGCGAGAAGGCGCGAGCGAAUAUAUUUGUCUGCGAUGAUGCGCAGAACACAAAGGACAACUUAAUUAAGCGCCUAGCAAACUUAACAGACCAUGAUGUCCCGCCGGUCUUGUGCUUACCGAUCCGCGUGCUGCCACCAUUUGACCUGCCUGCGACGCUUUCAGCCCUGCCCGCCGUAGCAGCGAAGGUUGCGGAGCAGUUGACGGAUAUCAAUCAAUCCAUCUUUCUGUCCGCGUGGGCAAACGGCAUCACGACGCUGAGCUCGAACGCAACCGUUGCAAAACAGAUUGAGAGGAUCAUCGAGGAAUUGCGGGGUGAAGACGAGGAGACAACCGGGCCGCAUGUCUGGAUAUGCAGUGAGAGCAGGAGUCUGGUCAGUAAAGCGGGAAGAGGAGAUGGGAAGUGGGGUAGUGCAGAGACCAGGAGCGUUGUUAGGGAUAUUAUAUGCUGA